AUUUGACAUUGAAUGCCUCUUCAGAAUUAGCGCAAUGACUACAGGCAAUCAGAAAGUAUCUUAUUAUUACGAUGGGGAUGUAGGGAAUUUUUAUUAUGGACAAGGGCACCCGAUGAAGCCUCAUCGUAUACGAAUGACACAUAAUCUCCUGCUGAAUUACGGACUGUACCGCAAGCUAGAAGUUUAUCGACCAUUCAAGGCUAGUUUUGAAGAAAUGUGCAAGUAUCAUACGGAUGAGUAUGUCAAAUUCUUGCAAGAAAUCAUGCCUGAUAACAUGUCAGAUUACAGUAAACAACUGCAGCGGUUUAACGUGGGAGAAGACUGCCCUGUGUUCCAUGGCCUCUAUGAUUUCUGUCAAAUUUCUUCUGGAGGAAGUAUUGCAGGAGCCGUAAAGUUGAACAAAAAACAGACAGAUAUCGCCAUCAAUUGGGCGGGAGGCUUGCAUCAUGCCAAGAAAAGUGAGGCAUCCGGUUUCUGUUAUGUUAACGAUAUCGUGCUGGCUAUUUUGGAGCUCCUCAAAUAUCAUCAACGAGUGUUGUACGUGGAUAUUGAUAUCCACCAUGGAGACGGAGUAGAAGAGGCGUUCUAUACAACCGAUCGAGUGAUGACAGUGUCGUUCCACAAAUACGGGGAAUACUUUCCCGGAACUGGUGAUCUGAAAGAUAUCGGCGCUGGCAAAGGCAAGCAUUAUGCAGUAAACUUUCCAUUGCGAGAUGGAAUAGACGAUACGAACUUCAUCAAUAUCUUUGAGCCGAUCGUGACCAAAGUGAUGGAGACAUACAGACCCAGUGCAGUUGUGUUGCAGUGCGGAGCCGAUUCACUUUCUGGAGACAGACUUGGAUGUUUCAAUCUUACUCUCAAAGGUCACGCGCAUUGUGUUGAUUUCAUGAAAACAUUCAACGUGCCACUAUUGAUGCUUGGAGGCGGAGGCUACACCAUCAAGAACGUUGCCAGGUGCUGGACUCUGGAAACAGCAAGAGCUUUGGGAGUCGAAGUUUCAAACGACCUUCCCUAUAACGACUAUUUUGAGUACUAUGGUCCAGAUUUUCACCUUCACAUCACACCUACAAACCAGAGCAACCAGAAUUCAAACGAGUAUCUGGAAAGCGUGAAGACAAAGGUGUUUGAGAACCUAAGAAGCAUCCCUUUCGCACCUGGACAGCAGAUGAGAGAUAUUCCUGUGCACACAACUGUCGAGCCAGAAGUUCCAGCUGACCAGCCACACGACGAGGGAUCGAAGGCACAUGAGGAUAAGAGGAUCUCGAUUGCGGCAUUUGACAAGCGAGUGGCAAGAGAUGAUGAACUCAGUGACAGCGAAGACGAAGGAGACGGCAGAAAAGAUCAUUCUGGAUUUCCGACCAAAUCGAAUGGAUCCACAGCCGCGCCAAGUGCUGCAGGUGUGGUAUCCAGCACGGACUCUUCGGUGAUGGAAGUUGCACCAUCAUCCGCCAAGUAGACGAAGACGCAAAGGCCAGAUGAACUUUCUCCUGUGACUAAGGAUAGCUGAAAUAUCUCGUGAUUUUGACUCGAUUUGAAAAAUAGUGUUUUUAUUUUAAAUUAAUUUAUGUCUAUUAUGAUGACGUUUGUUGGCAUCUGUGACCGCCAAUUAUAUAUAUACGUCUUGUGUUGAGAUUUGCAAUGACAUCGGAAGUUUACUGCUCUUUUUUAUAAUUUAUGUUUAUUCUGUUUUGCAUUAUACUUGUCUAAUUUUGCAAUAAAUAACGCAAAAGUCAGCGU